GUCACCCAUCACCCAACGACGACCGACCGACGACAGCAGCACACGACAUCACAUCCACGUCUUCUGCUGACCACGCAGGCGUGCGACAGUCGGCACUCGUUCUUUUUUCCCCGUACGCAUACCGUCUGUCAACCCGUUGAAUCAGGCACGCGGUCAAAUUCCACAUUCCCGGAACAGCGGCGGCGGCAGCGCACAACUUCCUUCACCAUGUUCGGGAUCGACUGGAAGGGCCUCGCCCUUCCCUUUGCCUACCUGAUCGUCCUUAGUGGCGCCCUCAUGAGCUUUUCCAGAAUCUACCGCAAGCGCAGAGCCGCCGAGAGCGCCAACCUCGCCCCGUGGUUCGGCCCCAACCUCCAGCGCAACGUGUACCUCUCGCUCCUGCACAUGAACCCCGAGCCGGGCAGCGGCGAGAAGACCCCCCGCGUCCCCGACAGCCUCCUCCGCGCGGCGCUGCUGCGGCGCGCCGUCGAGGACAUUGAGCGUCUCAUCCAGGUCAAGUCGGCCAAGCAGGCCUGCAGCUCGCUGCUGCUGAGGGGCAGCGUGGGCGACGACCUGUGGCAGCGCUUCCGACGCGCUGAGGUGGAGAUGGAAGAGGAGCUGCGAGACGUAGUGCAAGAGGCCAAUGCCCUGGCACCCAACUGGGGCCCUACCAUCUUCCAGUCCGCUCACGAAAUCGCCGCCAACACGAAGCUUCGCCAGAGGCUCGACGAGAUCCAGGCCCAGACGGAGGCCGAGAAGCAGUGGUGGGAGAAGCGACGGGGCCAGAUCCAGAGCGAGUUCAUGAAGGAGCUCGACGAGUCGGAAAAGGGCUCGACCAAGGGCAGCGAGGACGAUGCCGUGCUGGUCGACACACCUGCCAAGGGCGGCAAGAAGGGCAGGAAAUGAGCCUUGGGCAGAAGAGGGAUGCAAGAGACGGAUUCGGAGCGGCGUAAGGCCCGAGCAUCCAUAGAAGGCGCGGCCGAGUUGAGGUCGCGUCAAGACACAUCGUCGUUGGUCAGCGACGGUUCCAUUUGCCUACGUACAACCCGAUAGUUGGCUCAGUCGAGAGUGCCCGAAGUCGUGGGCGGCGUUGAAGGCGUGGAGGUGCACACUUCUAGUCCAAGUAUAUAUAUGAUUAGACAUUGCUGUCUGUUCUAUGCAAAGCCGACUCCGGUUAUUGCCCGAAUUGGGCCAGGCC